AGAAUUAAAACUUACAGAAUCAAAUCCUAAUUUCUUCUACCAUUUGAAUUUCAGUAGUCUGUUAGAAAACUGAAAUACGACACCUGGCAAUUUUCGUUACUUAUUCAGCCCGUCUCUCUCCACCCCUCCUCUCUAUGUCCCUACUGAAAAGCCGUGAAAUUCCUGAAGGUUUACGCUUUUGUUUCGAUUGUUUUGGCGCAAGAAUUCGUGGAUUUCUUGGAGAUGCUCGGCUACUAACCAGCUAUAACAUUAGGCUACUAAAGUACAUUUGCCACUGGUUGUAACUUCAAAGCCGCGUAAACAAGCUUCCCAUAAUCUUGCAGUUCAACACCCUUCUCCCGUUACAGUGAGCGAGAAGUUGAGAUAAAGGAACGGGGAAUGAAAAAAAGUGUGGAAACUCAGGAAGAAGGAAGGAGAAUAAAGGGAAACUAGGAAGAGUUUUCGCUCAAGGAAGAAGGGAAAGUUAUGUGGACACAAGAAUCCUCUCCCCCGGUUUGACAGCGCAAGAAGCUGUGAUUUCUACUCCCCUGGGAAAUUGUCUGUCUUGAUCUAUACACAUUUCAGAGUGCAGUUUGGAUGGCCACAUAGACCCACUGACAACCCUCCAACCCAGAGCGCAGUGAAGUCUACCCACGCUGGCACUCUCUCCUACUGACACAAGAGAUGGAGGGAGAGAAGGAGAGAGAGAGGGAGCAGGGAGAGGAGAAAGAGAGCGACGAGACGGAGGAAGAGGAGAAACAGAGCGACGAGGCUGAAGAGGAAGAUGAUGAAGAGGAUGAUGAUGAAGAUGCGGAGGGAGCUGCGUUGGUGUGGCAGGAGGGCUCAUACGGAGAGGAUGACCUGGGCCUACCCAUAAUGCAUUGGGAGGCGCUGAGCCUUCGCAUCGCAGAGCUGGAGAAACAGGAAGAGGAGAAGAGAGAGAAGAAAACAAAGUCUUCCAGUGUCCUUGAACGAGGUAAGAAAUUGUCAGCAAGCCGGCCGGAGGAGAGAGAGAGAGGGAAGACGCUGUCCAUGAACCGGCCAGGAGACAGGGAGCAAGGGAAGAGUAAGGAGAGCUGGGAGGACAGAGGCGAGGAGGACUGCAAUAGCCGCGUGACAGCCCUAACGUCGCGUCUUUCGAAUCAGAUGAACCUCCAGCUGUGCUUCAUCAAUGACAGCGGAAGCGAAGAAGAAGAUGAGGAUACUGGCAAAAAGGUUAGUGUGAAGAAUUCCAAAAUUGUUGGUAAGAGCGGUUCCAGUGUGCAGGUGCGCCAGCAGCCCAAGUUCCCUGCCCUCCCUGCAGCCAAGAGCAAAUCAUCAGGCUUCAAGGCUGCACUGAACGCGCUCAGAAACAAGCUGAGGACCGAGCAGAAACAGGAGAGCCCAGCUUGUUGUAAUCAGCUGUUGAAGAAUAGAAGGCUGGACCGAAGUGACCUGCAAGCCUUCAGUCUCAAAGAGCUCAACGCCCACCAAAACUCUCUCAACAAGGCUAUACAAGACCUUAGCACAGAGCUGGUGGUUCAUCUUCAGACUCGGGACCAGCUGAGGACAGAACAGGAUGCUAUGCUGCUGGAGGUACAGGAUAUGACAUCACUCUGACGUCACCUUAGAAUCACAUAUAGAACCCUGACCAAGAUGGCUGCCAUUAUCAGCACAAUCUAGAGCUAUGCAGGUCUAUGACAAGCCACUCUUGUGUAUUAUAUACUCUAUGGACGACACUUUCAGAAGGCCCAUCACCAUAGAAUAAUUCUAAUCAUUCUAAGUUCUACGGUCAUCGUCUAAUAAAAUGGAAUCCCGGUGUCAGAGAUCAGGUCACAGGUCACAUGACGGACACCGGUGCUUGAAAUUAAUGGACGAAUCAUAUCAAUGUGAAGAGACUGCAUCACUCCUAAAUACUUGUUUGGAUUGAAUUGCACAGCAUUUUGUUUUCAUUUCCCAGUGAGCAAAACGGUUGAAAUGACGUCAUCACACCCAGUUUCACAUUUAUUAUGACAUCAUAUCAACCGGUUUUGCUCUGUGUUUUUUUGUGUUUUUAUAAAGGGAAACGUGUAUGUCUGGACUGUUAAUGUUGUUGUAUUGUAGUGUUUUAGGGGGAAAAUAACGGUAAUAUUAUAAGGGAUUAAUAAGCUGCUACCCAUGGAUCAGUCUAGUUCAAAUGUCCAUUGUCAUCCACUUGUUGAAAUGCAAUGAUCGUUUGGUAGCACAUUAUUUGAACUAUACGUCAUACGGUAUCAUAACAAAUGUCCGAAGAUUACUUGUCAUUGAGCGUUACGACGUAGAGUUUGAAUAAAGUGUUACCGAUUGUUUUUUUAAAUUCUUGUUGCCGGGACACGUUUCAUUGUUUGUUUUGAUUUUUAUGUUGCCGGGACACAGCUAUGUCUUCUAUUCUCGUCGAUGUUUUAAUGUAUGUAUGAUGAUCGUUGAAUGAGUCAGUCAGAGAAAGGGGCAUUACUAACCAAACAGACACAGUAAUGUGAGCACAGCUCAACUCAAUGCCUUGGGUCUACUGAAAUAGCAGGAAAAGUAAAGGGUAUGGAAUACUAUAUUAACCUGUAUACUGUUGUAAUAUGACAACAAUGUACCUACCAGCCGACUGACAAGAUGCCUGACCAAGCCUCACUCGUUUGGUACUGUUGUCAUAAAACACCAACACAAGGCGCAUUGGGAUUUUGUCCGGGUUACAUGAGGUUGACGUCACUGUUGACGUUGUAUUAUUCUACAAUAAUUUUGCAUGAAAUAAACAGGUUGUCAAGGAUA